UCAAACCCUCUCUCGGCUUCUUCUUGUUCUUCAGUAACUCUCUCUCUCUCUCUCCUUCACACUCCUAAAGCCAAAAAGCCUGUAAGUAAAUAAAACCUCUUCAGAGCCAGAAGAGCCCCAAUGACAGACCCCUCCGACGAGGCCAAGAACAUCGAGAAGCUCUACGAGUUCGGCGAGCGACUCAAUGAGUCCAAGGACAAGUCCCAGAAUGUGGCUGACUACCAGGGGAUUAUUGAUGCGGCCAAGACGAGCAUCAAGGCCAAACAGUUGGCUGCGCAGCUUAUUCCUAGGUUCUUCAAGUUCUUCCCCGACCUUUCGGAGUCUGCCAUCUAUACCCACAUUGAUUUGAUUGAAGAAGAAGAGCUCGGGGUUCGAGUUCAAGCUAUUCGGGGCCUUCCCCUUUUCUGCAAGGAUACACCUGAGCAGAUUGCAAAAAUUGUAGACAUUCUUGUGCAACUCCUUGCCGCUGAGGAAUUUGUGGAGCGUGAUGCUGUGCAUAAAGCACUUAUGUCCCUUUUGAGGCAAGAUGUGAAAGUUUCUUUGACAGCCUUAUUCAAGCACAUUGGGAGUGUUGAUGAACCAAGCACAGAUGAGUUUAUUCGUGAGAAGGUUUUAACCUUUAUUCGAGAGAAGGUGUUUCCAAUUAAAUCUGAACUUUUGAAGCCUCAGGAGGAAAUGGAAAGGCAUAUUACUGACUUGAUAAAAAAGAGUUUAGAAGAUGUAACUGGGGCAGAAUUUAGAAUGUUUAUGGACUUCUUAAAAAGUUUGAGCAUAUUUGGGGAGAAAGCUCCUCCUGAACGCAUGAAAGAACUAAUUGGUAUUAUUGAAGGACAAGCUGAUUUAGAUGCCCAAUUCAAUGUUUCAGAUGCAGAUCAUAUUGACAGGUUGAUAUCUUGCUUGUUCAUGGCUCUGCCAUUUGUUGUGAGGGGUGCGUCAAGCAGCAAAUUCCUCAACUAUUUGAACAAACACAUCCUUCCUGUUUCAGAUAAGCUUCCUGACGAACGAAGGCUAGAUUUGCUCAAAGCCCUUGCAGAAGUUUCACCUUACACAACUCCACAAGAUUCACGUCAGAUUCUUCCUUCUGUUGUUCAGCUGUUAAAGAAAAACAUGCCUCGGAGAAAGACUGGAGAGGAGUUUAACUUCACUUAUGUAGAAUGCUUGUUGUACACAUUUCAUCAUCUUUCUCACAAGGUUCCAAAUGCUACUAACAGUCUAUGCGGUUACAAGAUAGUGACUGGACAACCAUCAGAUAGGCUUGGGGAGGACUUUUCGGAGCAGUAUAAGGAAUUUACUGAGAGGUUGAGUUAUGUUGAGGAGUUAACUAGGGCCACCAUGAAGAAAUUAACCCAGGGAAUGGCUGAAAAGAACAAAGCUAUGGCAGCUGCAAAAUCUGACGAAGCGAAGGAUAGCAUUAAAACGGAAAAGCAGAAUACUACAACUGGGUUGCGAACCUGCAAUAACAUAUUGGCAAUGACAAAGACUCUGCAUUCAAAAACACCCUCAUUUAUUGGAGACAAGAGCAUCAACCUAUCUUGGAAAGAAGUGACAAAACCUGUUGUGCCCUCUAGCACACCUGCCACAGGAACAAAACGACCUGCUAAUCCUGCCAAUGGACCUGGGAAUAUGACUUCAAAGAAAGGCCGUGGAGGUGGCGGUUUACAAAAUCAGCUUGUCAAUAGAGCAUUUGAAGGUUUAUCUCAUGGUGGAAGAAGCGGGGGUGGUGGGGGAAGGAGCAGAGGCAGGGGAUGGGGUGGACGUGGAAGGGGAAGGGGUUACAGGUAGCUUCGCAGUGAGAAAAUUCUUGGAAAUCAGGAUGGUGAGAGAUGCGCCACAGGAAUACGUAUAUGAGUACGUGAUGUAUUGAAUUCUUCUCUUAGGAACAAGUUUUGUUUCAUUGAGGAAGCUGAUUAGUUAUAGAUUCAUUGUGGAUUAACAGUACUUAUUGUGUUCCUCUGGAGCCCUGUCCAAGAAGAACGGCUACGGAUUAGUGCCUCUGAGUUGUCAAUCCCCUAAGAAAAAAAUUAUGCAGCAGCCCGUGACUAUUCCAGGAAUCUGUCCAUACUUUUAAGUGCAUCCAUGUUGUGUUUGUUCCAGUGAAGAUUGCUUUCAGGGGAAUACUUAUAAUACUGAUAAUUAGUGUAUCACUUUGUUAUUAUGGCUUUCAUAGACCUCAGACUGAUAGAUAUUGCUUUGUUCUCAUCUGUAUUUUUAAUCAAAGACCCCUAACUGUUG